AUGGCAGGAGCCCGUAUCUUGAUGCCCUUACUGGGCACCAACCCAGACCUCACUACACUACUUGUCUUCGAUUGCUUGUUAGCAAACUUCGACUACGACACCCUUCUCACCUUCAUCGAUGCCUUCCCAGCCUUUCUUUGCAUCAUCCAUGAAUGGGGUCUGGGUUAUCCUGGCCCCUGGCAGGACCAGAUCUUCCAAUGCACCCACCACCGCGAGGUUAUUGACUUUCACUCCCAGCGUCAAGGGGUGAGUGACGUAUCUCUCUCGAUAGAUCCCACAACCCGCGACAUCAACCUCUCUGAUUCGGAAUUCCCUAUAACGCACUGGGUCCAGACUAACCGCCUGGAAUUCCUACGACGUCUGCACGCCGAAGGGUUCUGGGAGCCGCUUGGCUGGACUCUCGACGGAUACAGCUACUUCAAACUCGCACUCGAUCAUAACGCUGUCGACGUUAUCGCCUAUAUAGCCCGACGGGCUGAAGGCAACACCACCUUCUACACCUCCGAAGCCACCGUCCCCGCCGUCACAGGCCUCCCGCAGAUAAUGCGGACUACACAUCUAGACAUCGCUCUCGAAGCCGGGCUAGGAAAUACAUUCUGGUCCUGGUGGGCAUCAAUCCAGCCUCGCCCCGACGCAAAACUCCUACUCAACCGCACCAGCCGCCGACUCCUCUGCGAGAUAUCCACCUACGAACAAGCCCAAGACCUCUACAACAAGCACAACAUAGACAUCUCAUCAUCCAUCCGGCGAAUCGGAAAUCUCGUACCCCCGGGCUACCCAUUCCCCGACGGCCCCGGUACACCGUGGCACCUAGCCGUGCGAAAUCCGAACAUCGAUUUCAUCGACUUCCUGCUAAAUCGCAUCCCCGCGCAGAUCGACUGGCUGCAAGGCGAGACGCGCUCGCCGCUGGUUCAAGCUCUUGAAGAGGGGAAACACGAGCACUUCGAGCGGCUUCUCUGCUGUACGGCGGAUCCACGAGUCGCCACGACGCGCAUCCUGUUGACGAUUCCGCACUGGAAUGAUAGGUGGUUUAUUUCGCUGCAGCCGUGGAUUAGGUACCCUAUUCCUGAGGGGCAGGGGUCGGCUCUGCAUACUAUUGUGGAGGGGCUUAAUGCGGGGCUUGAGAGGAUCGAACAUGAUAAGGAGGGGAAGACGCCUACAACGCGGCAGAAAGGAAAUUUGAAGAAGCAGAAGAUUAAACGGGCGGAGAGGCUUAUCGCGCAUGUUAGACAUGGGAAUGUUUAUGGGCAGCCAAGUUUGGGGCUAACGGAUCGUUCGGGGAGGACGGCGCAUGAGCUUGCGGAGAUGUAUGGGUUGCAUUGGAUUUAUAGUUCGUUGAAUCCGCGGCCGAAGAGACUGCGAUAG